AUCCACGACUAGUGGGGUAGACAGGGCAUUCGUAUUCGUGUUAGCACGUCCAAUUGGCGGGUAGAAUCCAUCGCAGUGGGAGACAUUUUCAUUUUAUCUCGUAGUUGUUUCACAAUCAUAUGACUUCGCCGCACGUGACUUUAUUUACAGUUGGCUAAGAACUGGCGAAUAAUGUAUGGUGCUGUUUUACGUGACAUGAUAUCCCGUCAAAUCGAAUUUUCACAGCGAUGCGGGGAAUCUAGUCGAGUAGCCGGUCUAUGAUGCCUUUGCUCGACAAAAUCAUCUCUUCGAGAAAUACAACGAAACGACGUAAAGACGCUGUGUAUUCGGAAUUUCUGAGAAAUUGUGGAUUUCAAGCAGACGAUAGGAACUUGGUAAAAUUCAAUACAGAUCAAGUAAGAAUCUUGUUAUUCCAAGAAUGUGAGUGGCGUGGUAAAAAAUUGCUAUUUGAUUCCAUUGCUGUCAAGAAGAUCAAUUCUAUCAAGUCACAAAAAAAUGAACUAAACAAUGAUUUGGAGUCAAAAAAUGAGUCACAUGUUGAAAUUGUGGAUGGGAUCACUUAUGAGCAUGAAAAGGUGGCUCGUGACGACGUCAAAUUACUAAGUGAAAUGGUGUUUGGUACUGUUGCAAUGACGUAUAGAGGUCCAUCAUUUAAGGUCCAUGCGAUAGAUACACCUCCUUGCAUAAUGUGUACCAAAAUUUUUUCUGCUCCAGAACAUAAUGCGUGUAAACAAAUUAAUAACAGGCAUUCAGAUGAAAUACUGGGACAAUUUAUGAAUAUUGAUUCCAAUUCCAGUGAUGGAAGUUUACGAACUUAUCUUUCCUAUCCAAGUUCUGUGAAUUCAUCUGGAAAUAGUCUUAUACCCGACACGAGAAAGAAUUCUACAAGUUCCAGUAAUGGCAGUGGAUGGACUAUGGACACACUCUCCCCACCAGGAAGUUCACAAUCUUUGGAAAGCAGUGGCUCCUCUGGUAUAGGAAGUUUGAGCAGCCUUCGCAGACGAUGGCUUCGAGCUGUCUCUACAUCCUUAAGUCAUUCAGAAUCCAAUGAGCUCUGUCUCUAUGGAGGCCAACAGCAUGCUGGUGAUGCUAAUAAUCCAAAUUAUGAUAACCCAGAUGAUCAUGAGUUCCAUAUCCGAAGGCACAAAACUCGUUUAGGUCUUGUUAUGCUAGUACAGCUAACUGCUGGGUAUGAAAGAAAAAUGGAAGAGACUCUUUUGGAACAUAUAACAUUUUUGGAAGGUAUGCUAGAUCGUCUCUGCUGUACUUGUUUUGAAAAGUCAUCGAGUACGUCUUGCGGCUAUUCCCAGAGUAAAGGGAAAGGUAAAGGAAAAGGCAAGACAAACAAUAAUGUAAUCAACAAAAGUCUCAUUGCACGGAUGUAUCGGGCUUCUACGAAUUGUACACUAUGGUUAUUGCGAUUACUCACAGACUCAAGUCGUUCGCCGACUCCAUUACUUUGGCAUGACAUUUUAUUGAAUUCUACUGUACCAGCGGAGAUAAGAAUUACAACUCUUUACCACGAACUUCAAAAAAUGUUUUGGCUAGUUGAUAACCUCGACACGAAGUCAACAAAUUUUUUCCUGAGUACCGUCAUAACUGCAGUGUUAACGUGUCAUCUUGGCUGGGUGCACACUGUGCUAUCAUCGCAGGAUCGUCAAUUGGUAAAGAAAUUGGGUAAGCAGUAUCCAUGCAAUCCGCUAUGGACGCAGUUAGGUGAUCUAUACGGGGCGGUAGGAAAUCCUAUGAAGUUGGUCCAUACCGUAAUCGCCGGCGACCCAGAUAAGGUAGAACUUAUCAAUGCCGUUCUUACUUUUUUAUCGUACUUCGUGAGGAGUGGAAUAGUGGAGAAGAAAAGAGAAUACCGUUGUCCUCAUCAAAAGGAUGUUCAGGAAGCUAUUGUUGUCUUAGAAAAAGCUAGGAAGAGGCAGCCUAAAUUACAGGAACGUGUCCGGAGUUGUUCGAAAUUCAUGCACGAGAGUUCAGCUUCCAGAUCUUCUACUUGGCAUCAAGAUGAGCUGCUAAAGUUAAACUUGUCUUCACCUUGGAAUAAAACCUCAAGUUUGGCUAUGAAACGCAGUGAAACCUUUGAAAAAAAUCUUAAUGCAUUCGGAUCAUUUGUAAAGGAAUCUAGCGAAUUACAAAGAUCAAAACUAUCCAUAUUUAAGGAAGAAUACAAAGCAAGUGAAGUAAAAAUAAUUGUAAGCGAGAGUCCACCGACGGAAAUCACAGUGGACAAGAAGCACCUUCAAACCGCUUCACAGUUUCAUAAUUUUGAGAGCACAAAAAAAUACGAACUUGAUAUUUCACUCCAACUAGCGAAAGGAAAAUCGGACAAUGAAUCUUAUACCCUAAAGAGCAUCGAUAAUUUAAAGAACUUCGAGAAAGCCAAGAUGUUUGAGUUAAGCAACACCCUUGACGGAGUAUUUCAGAACAUAAAGGUGGCCACAGUUCAAACAAACCAACCUCGCAGUUUCGAUAAGAUUUUAAAAAUAGACCUUGAUGAAUCAAAAAAAGUAGACUCGAAAAUCUUAACAACAGGAUCACCAAAAAAUUCUUCACCUACGAAUUUCGGUAUGCAUAAGAAAUUUGAAGGCAUAACAUCGAAAUUUAUCAGUAAUACAAAAAAAAAUGCUUCGACCCUGUCCUAUGAAUACGCUAAUUUGAGUAACACAGAAGCCAGAAAGUUGUAUUCCGAUUACUUUGAAGAUAACAAUAUAGAUAGUGAUACGUAUAAUGGUACAAACGCUACUAGCCACUCGAUAGGUACAAAAAUCGAAAAACAAUCCCGGGUGCUGUGGACACUCGGAGAAGAAGAGAAACCACCAAAUAUUUCAGUAUUACACCGACCGUCUUCCAGGUGCAACUGUCAAAGUUCCUUUACAUUCACCAGAGUUCCAAGUACUUCGGCUCAACUUCCAGAGGGUGUCUUACGUAAAAUCAUCCAGCGAAACUUCCCAGAGUCUUCGAAGAGUAUUCAAUCAGGACCAGAAUGCUCCAGUACAGAACGAUCUAUGGGUUUCUGUUUAAAAUGCAACCGUAACAGUGAUUACAGUACACCACAGAACUAUGAAAGUAACAAGUUACUUUUGGAGACUCCAACUAAUGCAACGGAAGUGCUCCGAAGUUGCAAUACAAGUGGUAGAACUUCAGAUAGUAACCGAAAUAACGUUAAAAAUGGCACAGCAAAAAUCGAAAGAUAUAAUAGUUUGGAAGCUCUCAUUGAAGCUAAUGGCGUCGUGGAAUUACCUAUGCCCCGGUCAAAAAAAAUACUCAAUGAUAAAAUGGAACGUAAAGAACGGGCAGGUUUCCCAAGCACUUUACUCCAUAGGAAGGUUUAUGACGGAAUUGACUCAGAAGAUAUUGUAGCAUACACAUGGGGUCUUGUUAUGCAAGGUCUGAUAAAGCGCAAGAAAAAACGGAAAAGGAAAAGCGAAGAUUUUACGACGAUGCAAGAUCAGAAACAGAAAGAACUUGAAAAGGGUAAAGAAGGAGACAGUGAUGAUAAUAAAGAAUGGUGGCAUUGUAUGCGCGAAGAGGUAAAUCUGGCUAGUAGAUUUUCACUAGUAGAUGAGCCAGUUACUGAAGCUAUGUGCAUUCUUGCUGAUCUGGACUCCUGGCAGGUUGGAAUUCUGUCGAAUCAUUUACCGUCACAGAAUCCACCUGUACGUGUCGGCAUGUCUAGACUUGUGGCCAACAUGCUGGAGGCUUUUUCUUAUGUAUGGAAGAAGUACCGUUCUCCAAUCCAUUGUGUCGAAGUGCUGGAGAGCAAAUUAAGAGAAAUGUGGCUACGCAGCAAAGCCCUUUCUGAAAGUCUCAUGUCCAUGGAGGAGUGCGAGGCGAGCAUAGCCAACCUAAAUAUUGACCUGGACCUAGAUGCAGCGGAUAUACCUUUGCUUCUAGCUGUAGCAACAACACACUCACCACGACUGGCACAUAGAUUUGGUAUAAGUCUAGUCUGAAGCUUCUUAUCUGUUGAGAACGUAAGUAAAAGGUACUGAUAUUUCAAAUAUUCUGAAGAUCGAAAAUCAGUUCCAGUAUAUAAUGUAAAUAUACAUAUAUCUUUAAAGCAGUAACUAAACAGUAAUAUUGCAUGUGGCAACUGCAUGCUGGCCCUAUGAUGUACUGUAUAAGUUUCUUAUGUACUGCAAAAAUACCUUUAUUUGUAUUUCAUAUGUAGAUUUGUAGAUAAUGUACAAACACAGCGAAUCACAAUUGCGUAAUCGUUAUAGAAUACGAAUGUGUACAAGUUUUGUGAGAAUUCAACUUAUUACUGCAUUGAACCAAAGUAGAAUAUAACGUUUACAUUGUUAUUACCUUAUUUUUCUAAUCUUAUUACAUUAUUUACAUUAUUAUUAAUAUAAGCUAUUUUUUCGUAAAAAUAAUGUACUCAGUAGACAUAAAAGGUUCAACACGAAACAAUUUCUUUUAAUAAACUUUAAUAUUGCUGUAAUA